AUGAGAGGCACUCUCCCCAUGGCUGGGCUGCGGCCCAGCCCCACCCACUUAGGCUAUGCCAGGGGGUGUUGCCAGGGGCAGCCUGGGCCGGGCCAGGCCAGGUCCUCCUCCAUAAAGCCAGCACAUCCCAGGAGCAGGCAGAGCCAGGACAGAAUGGAGAGGAGACGGGUCACCUCAGCGGCUCGCCGCUCCUAUGUCUCCUCCUCAGAGAUAGGGGUGGGGGGCCGCCGCCUGGGUCCUGGCACCCGCCUGUCCCUGGCUCGAAUGCCGCCUGCACUCCCGGCCCGGGUGGACUUCUCCUUGGCCGGGGCGCUCAACUCCAGCUUCAAGGAGACCCGGGCCAGUGAGCGGGCGGAGAUGAUGGAGCUCAAUGACCGCUUCGCCAGCUACAUCGAGAAGGUGCGCUUCCUGGAACAGCAGAACAAGGCGCUGGCUGCCGAGCUGAACCAGCUGCGGGCCAAGGAGCCCACCAAGCUUGCCGACGUCUACCAGGCGGAGCUGCGCGAGCUGCGGCUGCGGCUUGAUCAACUUACCGCCAACAGCGCCCGGCUCGAGGUGGAGAGGGACAAUCUGGCGCAGGACCUGGGCACCCUGAGGCAGAAGCUCCAGGAUGAAACCAACCUGAGGCUGGAGGCUGAGAACAACCUGGCUGCCUAUCGACAGGAGGCAGAUGAAGCCACCCUGGGCCGUCUGGAUCUGGAGAGGAAGACUGAGUCUCUGGAGGAGGAAAUCCGGUUCUGGAGGAAGAUCCAUGAGGAGGAGGUGCGGGAGCUCCAGGAGCAGCUGGCUCAGCAGCAGGUCCACGUGGAGAUGGAUGUGGCCAAGCCCGACCUCACAGCAGCCCUGAGAGAGAUCCGGACACAGUACGAGGCAGUGGCAUCCAGCAACAUACAUGAGGCGGAGGAGUGGUACCGCUCCAAGUUUGCGGACUUGACGGACGCCGCUGCCCGCAACGCGGAGCUGCUCCGCCAGGCCAAGCACGAGGCCAACGACUAUCGGCGCCAGCUGCAGGCCUUAACCUGCGACCUGGAGUCCUUGCGCGGCACGAACGAGUCCCUGGAGAGGCAGAUGCGGGAGCAGGACGAGCGCCACGCGCGGGAGGCGGCGAGUUACCUGGAGGCGCUGGCCCGGCUGGAAGAGGAGGGGCAGAGCCUCAAGGACGAGAUGGCCCGCCACCUGCAGGAGUACCAGGACCUGCUCAGCGUUAAACUGGCCCUGGAUAUCGAGAUCGCCACCUACAGGAAGCUGCUGGAGGGCGAAGAGAACCGCAUCACCAUUCCUGUGCAGACCUUCUCCAACCUGCAGAUCCGAGGGGGCAAAAGCACCAAAGAAGGGGAAGGUCACAAGGUCACAAGACACCUCAAAAGACUCACAAUACAGGUUAUACCAAUACAGGCUCACCAGAUUGUAAAUGGAGCCCCCGCCGGCUCGGCUCUCGAAACCAGCCUGGACACCAAUUCCGUGACAGAAGGCCACCUCAAGAGGAACAUCGUGGUGAAGACCGUGGAGAUGCGGGACGGAGAGGUCAUUAAGGAGUCCAAGCAGGAGCACAAGGAUGUGAUGUGAGGCAGGACCCACCUGGUGGUCCCUGCCCCACAGUAUGAGGGGCCUGCAGCAGGAGUUGGGGUAGUUGCCUCUCCUCUGCUAGUUAAUUUCCCCAGACUUGAGUUCCCACCCACCCCAGCUGCUCCUUUUCCCCCUCAGUCUCUAUGUCAGCUUGCUGCCCUAGGCUCCAUCAGCAUUAAGCCUAUCAGACAGCACCCACCCAGCACCCAGCAACUCUAACAGGGCACUCACUCCAAAGGGGCAGGCUGGAGGGGCAUGGCUAGCAGCUUGGGUUAGAAUUGGGAGGGAGGAGAGAAGUUGGGGAGGGCAGGGAGACCUAAUAAAUCACCCUCCGUAUCCUGAAUCCCUGUUGUCAUGGCAACUGUUGCCAGAGCCGGAGGUGUCUGGGGGUAUCUGGGAAUGGGGCCUUUGAAUUUCCUCAAGCUGGUGGAGGAAAUCCGAGACUCUGAGACAGGCAGGGGAAUCCCCACAGGCAAGGAGGCCUUGGCCAGGGGCUUAUUCUUCUAGACUGACUCUGACCAGUCUGAGGAUGGGUGGGGCUAUCCUGCCACCUGGAGUAGUCGCCGGACAGAAUUCCUGGGCUGCCCAGAUUGCAGAGGGGCCUCCUGAGUGAUGGUUCAAGUGGUUCAGCCCCACUGAGCUGCCACGUGGGCAUGCCGUGGGCAUUUGGGGGAACUACAGUGUAAGUGGUGAGGGAAGGGGUGCUGGGAGGGAGUAGAAGGGGGCCUGGCCCCGAGCUGUGGGCACAGAGAGGUCAAGCCCAGGAGGACCCCCCCCACCCCAUACAGGCCGGAGGGGGGGGCAGGUAGAGAUGGUAGAGGAGGCGGUUGGGACAAGGCCAGACCUCAGAGUUGGGGGGCUGGGAGUGAGCAGUUACACUUGGCCUCUGGGUCGUGGGAAUCAGGAAAGUGACUCAUCCUCUUGAAGAUGGUGAAACAGGAAAGAAAGAGGCUGCUGGUCCUGGGGGCAGGGCCCACUUUGUCCCAGCUCUAAAGGCCCUCUCCUGGCUGCGUAAUCCCUGUCCACCCAGGCCUGGGAGCCGCUGCAGCUGCCGCCUGACCCCAGCAAAUACUGCUAGGCAAAGCCUCUGCUGCACGCCCGAGCCCCUCCUCCCCACAGUGACCGCUACUCUCUAAGCCAAGGCCCCUGUUGUCCCCUCGUAGUCAAAUACAAAACGUACCCCCGUGUUGUAGGUAGCACCCUAUUUCAUAAUUUGGGAACCCGAGACGCACGCAGAGUGAAGACACUGGUUUGUGUUCCUGAAGCCUAGAGGCAGGACAGCUUGGGGCAGAGACUUUCACCCCGAGCACCUGUUCUGCGGCCCACGGGAAGACUGGCGGGCACGAGAUGAUCAGUGCCCACGAGUGGAGCUCAGAGGCCCGCUCCAGGGUCCCCAUCUCCCUCUAAGGCAGAGGGAGGGAGAAGUAGGAGUCCCUCCCUCUUUCCAAGACUGGUGCCCUUCCCCUACUCCCUCCUGCCACCCACUGCUGCUAACCUUCGGGGCACCAUUGCUGCCUUUAGUCACUGACAUAAAUAAAGACAACUGCUGUGGCUUUCCCCAGA